AUGGAUUCUGGACUUUCCAGCCGCAACAGCUCGGGAAAUCAACAACUUUCGCGUUCCUACACCAAGCAGGAUGCGGCCAAACAGCAGCGGCAGUCACUGCCCAUCUAUUCCGUGCGCAAAUCCUUGAUGGACUUGAUACGAAAGUCCCCGACCACGAUCGUGCUCGGCGAAACUGGGAGCGGCAAAACCACUCAGAUGCCACAAUUCAUCUACGAGGCCAGUCUCAAUGGAGACAAGCUGAUUGCCAUCACACAACCGCGGCGCGUCGCGGCCAUCACCGUCGCCAAGUGGGUGGCGAUGGAAAUGGGGACGAGUUUGGGGGAACUGGUCGGUUACACGGUACGCUUCGAGGACAUGACGUCGGAAAACACACAAAUAAAGUACAUGACCGACGGCAUCCUGUGCCGGGAGGCCCUGUCCGACCGGCAGCUUCGAAACUACAACGUAAUCAUACUGGACGAGGUGCACGAGCGCACGGUAGCGACCGACAUUUUGCUGGGCAUCGUCAAAAAGGCACAGCAAACGCGGGCCGCCAAACGAUUGCCACCGCUAAAGGUGAUCAUUAUGUCGGCCACCAUGGAUUGCGAUCACUUUGCGAGCUACUUCUCCGACUGCCCGAUCGUGUACCUGCAGGGCCGAACGUACCAGGUGAAGGUAUACCAGAUGGUCGAGAAAAUACACUACAUCGAGGCGUGCCUCAAGACGGUGGUUGAGAUUCACCAGAAACAUCCGCCCGGAGACAUACUGGUGUUCCUGACGGGCCAGGAAGAGAUCGAUGCAACGGUCAACAAAAUGCGACGUUUGGCAAAGAUAUUCCCUUCAGAUCUAAUCAAACUGGCCAUAUAUCCAAUGUACGCAGCUUUGCCGCAAACGCAACAGCUCGAUGUGUUCAAUCCAGCGCCAUCCAACGUUCGGAAGGUUAUCUUCGCCACAAACAUUGCCGAAACGUCCAUCACCAUCAACGGCAUUCGGUACGUAAUCGACUGUGGUCGAGCGAAGGUCCGUUCGUACGACCCCAUCACCGGGCUGGAUAUGCUGAAAGUUUCCUGGGUAUCACAAGCGCAAGCUCACCAGCGUACGGGGCGCGCCGGGCGCAUUACGGAUGGCGUCUGCUUCCGCACGUACACUCGGGCCGACUACGAUCGGAUGGACAAAAUGACCGUACCGGAAAUUCUGCGCUGCAAUCUGGCAUCCACCAUCCUGCAUUUGCUCGUGCUGGGCAUCAGUUACAAAGACUUUGACUUUAUCGACCAACCGCCCGAUGAAGCAAUAGUCGGGGCGCUGCUGGAGCUGAAAGCGCUGAACGCGAUCUCGUCGGUGGAAAACCCGAUUCUCACCGUACAAGGCAGCAAGAUGGCCCGGUUCCCGCUGGACCCGAAGUACGCCAAGAUGCUGCUGGCUGCACCCAAGUACGGGUGCCUUGAGGAGAUGCUCACGAUAAUCGCGAUGCUUUCCGGUGAAAACAUUUUCACCAACAGCGUACAGAAGCGCGAACAGAUGCUGAUCGCGCACUCGAAGUUCUACGACAAAACGGGCGACCACAUAACGUUGCUGAACGUGUUCAACGAAUUCAAAACGAAAGCCAGACCGAAGAUCUGGUGCUUCGAUAACUUUCUGCACGAGCGCAAUCUCACGCACGCGGCCUCGGUACGCGAGCAGCUGAGUGAGAUUUGCAAGUCGCUCGAAAUGCCGACCAGUUCCUGUGGCAAGGAUACGGUACCGGUAGCCAAGUGUCUGCUGGUGGGUCUGUUCGCCAAUAUUGCCACCAAACAGCCCGAUCAUCUCUAUCUGACCACGACCAGCUCGCUUAAGGCCCGCAUCCACCCGUCGAGCGCCAUUAGCGGCAAGUCCCGGCCGGCCAUAGUGGUCUACACCGAGUUGGUGGCCACGCGGCUCAACUAUCUGCGCUACGUGACGGAAGUCGCGGCCGAGUGGAUCGAUGAGGUGGUGCCAUCGAACGCACACCCGAACCAGUCCGGUUACGGUGAGAGUGGCUUUCGAGCGUUUGCAACGCACAAGUGA